UUUUCCCCGGAAAGCGAAGCAAGCAUGCGCGAAUUUUCCACCCUGUUUUAGGAUACUAUGAGCGGUGGCGUCUAUGGUGGAGAUGAAGUCGGGGCGGUCAUCUUCGACAUCGGCCACCAAAGUCUUCGCGCUGGAUAUGGUGGAGAAGACAGCCCGAAGGCCGAAAUUCCGUCGAGCCUUGGAGUAUGGGAGGACCCCGUGGAAUCGCCCCAGACCGCCCAUGUGUCCAGGAAGCGGUACAACAUCGACGUCAAUUCGAUCCAGAUUAGAAAGAAAGACAUGGAACUAGUUAGUCUGAUGAAGGACGGCAUGAUCGACGACUGGGACAUGUUCGAGAAACUUGCGGAGUACACGUACAAGCAGCGACUCCAUGCUCUGCCAGAGCAUCAUCCGAUUUUGAUGACCGAGUGCCCCUGGAACACCAGACUUAAGCGAGAGAAAUUGCUCGAGCUCAUGUUCGAGAAGUUCAACGUCCCGGCCAUGUACAUUUGUAAAAACGCCGUUUUGGCAGCCUAUGCCAACGGCAGGUCGACGGCGAUGGUCGUUGACAGUGGAGCUACCCAUACGAGUGCGGUGCCGGUCCAUGAUGGGUACGUUAUCACCCAAGGUAUCGUCAAGAGUCCAUUGGGUGGAGAUUUCGUCACCAUGCAGUGCAGGCAGUUCUUCGAAGAAAGGGACAUCGAACUCGUGCCGGCUUACAUGGUCGCCAAUAAAGAGAUAGUGCGCGAAAGAGAAGUACCUCGCUGGACUCGAAGACAGGGACCCCAGCCGACCGCCACUUGGACCAGCUACAUGGUCCGGGACCUUCUGCAAGACUUCCAAAUGAACUGCCUUCAGGUGUCGGACAGCCCUUACGACGAGGAUAUUGCCAAUACCCUGCCGAUGAAACAUUACGAAUUUCCUACCGGCUAUAACGAUGACUUUGGCUCGGUGAGGCUUAUGAUACCGGAAGCUCUUUUUGACCCGAGCAACGUCAAAGGUGUCGGAGCCAGCAUACUCGGGGUUGGUCCUUUGGUCACGACCAGCGUUGGCAUGUGCGACAUCGACAUUAGGCCUAAUCUGUACGGAAGCGUCGUUGUGACUGGUGGUAACUCCUGUCUUCAGGGGUUCAGCGAACGGCUUAACAGAGACUUAGCCAGUAAAACUCCCCCGAGCAUGCGACUGAAAAUUAUAAGUGCAAAUAGCGUGAGCGAGCGUCGCUUUGGCGCCUGGAUCGGCGGUUCUAUAUUAAGUUCCUUGGGAUCCUUCCAACAGAUGUGGUUGUCUCGUCAAGAAUACGAAGAGUCUGGAAAACUGAUCCUAGAUCGAUGCUCUUAA